AUCAUCUCCAGCGCGAACUCUGGAGAGGCACGUACACAUCCAGCCUUAUUUAACGAAGGCAGGAGGGAUGGAGCUCCACCUCGCAGCCGCAGUGUGCUGCUGCUGUGACAGUGCGUGACAGCGCGUGAGUGCGCUGCGUGUGCACAGGGCUGCGUGUGCGGUGCUCUCUCCAGCCUGGUCCAUCAGCAUCAGCACAGCACAGCCCCCGAUGGAGCUCUCCGGGACCUCGCUGCUGUGGAAGCUGCUCUCCGCGGCUGUCCUGGUCCUGUCCGCCGGCCUGCUGCUGCUGUUCGACCCCUGGGACUUCGGCUACCCGGAGCUGUGGAGGAAGACCGGGCUGGCCGGAGCCCCAGCGCGGGCUGCGGCGUGCCUCGUGGCCGGGGUGCUGCUCCUGGCGGCCGGCUGGCUGUACCGUCUCUUCUUCGCCCCGCUGGAGCUGCUGCGGAGCCCGGAGGACGUGGGUUACGUCGCCGAGGACGGUCGCUCCAGAGCCCGGGCUGCUAACGAGGUGAGGCGGCGACGGAAGACCGGAGAACUGCCGCCGGUCUACCCGAACGGAUGGUACCGGGUCCUGGACUCCCACAUGCUGGAGAGAGGGGACGUGAAGAGCGUCACGGUGCUGGGUGAGCAGGUGGCAGUGUUUCGUGGGCAGGAUGGGAAGGCGUUUGUAGUCGAUGCUUACUGCCCCCAUCUGGGAGCCAAUCUGGCUGUUGGGGGCCGAGUGGUGGGCAGUUGUAUUGAAUGCCCGUUUCACGGCUGGCAGUUCCGUGGAGAGGACGGGAAGUGUGUGAGGAUUCCAUACGCUGAGAAAGUGCCUGAGUUUGCGAAGGUGCGCUGUUGGCCGAGCUGUGAGGUUAAUGGUCAGGUGUUGGUGUGGUUCCACUGUGACGGAGAGGAGCCGGGGUGGAGAGUUCCCGAGCAGAAGGAGAUCAGCCGGGGCGAGUGGGUUUACCGUGGACGAACAGAGCACUUCAUCAGCGCACAUAUAGAGGAAAUCCCUGAAAACGCUGCAGAUAUUGCACACCUGGCUCACCUCCACACUCCGGGUAUAGUGAGCGGAGUGGAUCUGCGCUACACCAACAGCAAAACCUGGGAGUUUAUUCGCCACGACUGGAAGGUGGAGUGGAAGCCUGAGCCGGAGCCCAAUAAGCACUGUUCUCAGAUGCUGGUGAAGCACGCGCUGACCGUGUUCGGACGCCACUGGCCUCUAUUAGACCUGAGUGUUGUGGCCAGACAGGUGGGUCCAGGUUUGGUGUUCCUGCUGUUUGACCACAGUUUCCUGGGUCGUGGUGUGAUCAUGCACUGUGUGACCCCGGUGGAGCCUCUGCUGCAGUGUGUGUCACACACCAUCUUCUACCAGAGCAGCAUCCCCCCACUUGUGCCAAAGUUCAUCCUGAGAGCAGAGUGUAUCCAGUUCGAGCGGGACGUGAUGAUUUGGAACAAUAAGAAGUACAUCUCCAACCCCAUGCUGGUGAAGGAGGACUCGGCCAUCCAGAAGCACCGGCGCUGGUUCAGCCAGUUCUACAGCGAGAACAGCCCCCGCCUUCGCUACCAGCACGACACCCUGGACUUCUGAACCCACAUACACACACACACACUCGGCUCUGACGCAUGAAGCUGUUUUUGCCUCUCUGCAGUCAGAAGGUGAUACAGACUGGACAUUUGCUGUGGUUGUGAUCACAGCAGCUGCAGGAUAUCUCCUCCGUUUUGAUCCACAAGGCUGGUUUAUGAACAUUUAUUUAGAGGAAAAUGAGCCUAUAUCUUAAUAUAUAUAUAUAUAUAUAUAUAUAUAUUUUUUUUUUUUCUGCAUUAGCCUUUUAAAAACUGAAAAAUUAUAUAUAUCCCCACCCAAGUGAAGACUGUGAAUGCUUGGAGGUUGUGUGUCUCCAGUGUGAGGACUGUGUGUCUGUCCUCGUCGAAGUGCCUGAGAGGAGUGUGAAUCACUGAGUGAGAACUUCUCUCUCUCUCUCUCUCUCUCUCUCUCUCUCUGUUGAAGAGAAAGUACUGUAGCUUGGCUUUAGAUGACUGACUGAAGAGCUCUUCCAGCUGAUGUAAGCAGCAAUAACGGCCCACAGGCCAGUAGAUGAACUGAAGCCGCGAGACUUAACCACCUGUACACUGUGAAUUGAGACAUGCACAGAAAAUAAAUAUCAUUCUGUUAUAUUAA